CCGGUUGAAUCUACCAGAUUUCUAAUUUAUGCAGCCAGAUUUUUCCUUUCAAUGUGCUUAACAGUGUAUCAACGGUAUAAAAAAAUGGUUUUGUAGACUUUGAUAUGUUUCUUGACAUUAAUCCUCGUCGCUAUCGUCACUCGAUUUGCCAUUUUGUUACAGAUGGACAGCAAACGGUGCCGACGCUCUGCGAACUUUCCGCACGAUGCGUCGCGUCUCAUAUUCCCUUCGAGCUGGUGGAGCACUUCUAUCCUCCUGUACCCGAGCAGCUUCAGCUGAGAAUAGCCUUCUGGAGCUUUCCCGAUAACGAAGAAGACAUACGGCUUUAUUCGUGUCUCGCGAACGGUAGCGCCGACGAAUUCCUUCGUGGCGAACAUCUCUUUCGCGCAAAGACCGUUAAGGAACCUCUACAAAUCGGAUUUCAUCUGAGUGCCAGCGUAAAUCCGCAAACAAACGGGGUUAGAGCACAGUUCAACGUCGCUGUAACCUUUGAUCGGCGCAGGAUUACAUCAUGUAAUUGCACCUGCUCCUCAACGGCCUAUUGGUGCGCGCACGUGGUAGCCGUUUGUCUGCACAGAAUACACAUGCCAACGCAAGUAUGUCUGAGGGCGCCGGUUAGCGAAUCCCUGUCACGAUUGCAUCGGGAACAGCUCCAGAAGUUCGCUCAAUAUCUCAUCAGUGAAUUACCUCAGCAGAUUUUACCCACUGCCCAACGGUUGCUGGACGAGUUGCUCUCAAGCCAGCCAAGCGCUAUUAACAGUUAUUGCGGAGCUCCAGACCCGACCGCUGGAGCUUCAGCUUAUGAUCAGACCUCCUGGUACUUAGACGAGAAGACGUUACACGAUAACAUUAAGAAGAUUCUUAUCAAGUUUUGCGUGCCGGCUCCCAUAGUCUUCAGCGAUGUUAAUUAUUUGAGCACCACCGCGCCACCAGCCGCUUCCGAAUGGGCGUCAUUGCUGCGACCGUUGAGAGGCCGCGAGCCGGAGGGCAUGUGGAAUCUCCUUUCUAUCGUGCGCGAAAUGUUCAAGAGAAAUGACCGCAACGCCAUACCUCUGCUGGAGAUCAUCACGGAAGAGUGUAUGGCUUGCGAGCAGAUUCUUGUUUGGUGGUUCAACACCAAGGUCGCAUUACUGAACGGCACUGGAUAUGGCAGCAAGCAUAAUAUGAACAGCAAUGUGCACGCCUCUCAACACGCGUGCUCAUCUCUGUGCGACGAGAUCGUGGUUCUCUGGCGAUUGGCCGCUCUAAAUCCUGGUCUAUCGCCAUCAGAACGCGAGAUGUUGCAUGCUCAAUUUAUGGCUUGGCACUUGAAGAUCAUAGAUAAAGUUGCCAAGUGCCGUGGCAGUUCUGUGCCGCACAAUUCGCACAAUAGAAGCAACAGUUCACAGAAGGAUUCUCUGAAACAUGAUCUCGCAGUCUUUACCGGAUUUAAGUCGGCGCUCGAAGCUUGCUACCUUGAUUGGGAUGAAUACAUCUUGCCGGGAAUCACGUAUACCGCCGAGAACAAUCCUAUGUAUCACUGUCCCUUUACAUGUUUUCGGCAUGCCGGAGAUACAAGGACGGAGGUCAACCAGGUAAAUUCCAGUUCUGCGGUAUUGAAUUAUCAACCGCCAAUUUCGCAUCAUCAUGGUCGACGGUCUUUAAAUGGCAUUGUCGAGUUCAGUUACUUAGACAGACGACGGCUGAAUCCGCGUGAAUUCCCAUUGUGUUCGCGAAGCGGAGGCGGUGAUGGAAAUCGUAGCAGCGUUAGCUCCGAAGGUUUCUGUGAGAAUGACACCGACAUUCCUGAUAUAUCUGAAUCUCAGGCUGUUCUUAGACGAAUUUGUGCUCAACUAAAUAAUUGCGGCGAUACCGAUUCGCAGGAAGGGGCUGGUAGCGAGUCAUCUUCCAACGUUAGUAUGAAGAACGCUCAAGGCUCGGACAAGGCUCGCUCAAACGCCUCAUCCGAGACACAUAGUGAUAGUAGUGAUAGUAGUAAUAACAAACCUGCUUGCGAGAACUCGAAGCGCAGUAGGACGAAUAUUGCGGAGUGCCGUGAUAAAUCGCGCGCGGUUGUGCCCAAAGGGGUCAGUGUUAAGAACGAACAAGAGUCCGAUCACGAGAAGGAAGCUGGGAGGCCAUUCAAAGACGAGAGCUCCUCAUCUAGCAGCGAUAGUCCUUCCGGUGACGAGUACAAUGUCUACUAUUACGAUCCAAAAGCUGUGACCAAUAAUAGUGGCCUGCCGAGUAAAUAUGCUAAAAGCAAUAUGCAUACCUCCACCACUCAGGAUGCCAGUGUAGUUCUAAAUAAUUUAAAGAAAACGGAAGACCCCUGGGACAUAUUAUUUGCGCGGGCGGAGGGACUUUAUGCUCAUGGUCAUACGAGAGAGGCCUGUAUUAUUGGAAUACAGCUGGCCGAGGAACUUUUGGCCAAUCCUCCCGAUCUUAUGAUCGAGGGGCCGCCAGUGCCGGUAAAGAACAAACGAAAGAGGCAACAUGUAAAUCCAGCGUCUCACCAGGUAACAUGCCUUGCGUCAGCAACUUUAGCGAAAUGUGGAUUCCUGUGCACCGUACUCGCUGAGAAUCCGGAGUAUCACAAUUUGGCGUUUCGCGUGGGUCUUUUUGGCUUAGAAAUGGCUAGACCACCGGCAAACACAAAACCUUUAGAAGUCAAACUGGCUCAUCAAGAAAGCGAAUUGGUAGGUUUACUGAAAAGAAUUCCCUUGGGACCGACUGAAUUAGCUAUGAUAAAACAGAGGGCCGAGCAAUUAAGAGAUGGAGUUAUGAAAUCAAGAGGACACGCGCUCUUACCUAUCAUGUUGGCUAGUUUCAUAUAUGACGCACUCGAUGUACCAAGUAUGAAAUAUUCUCUUAGUAAUAUGCAUCUUAAACCUUCCAUGAAUAAAUGUCUGAUUGAAUUGUAUUUAUAUAUGGAGACGGAAAUAUUUCUUUGUCAAACAGAGAAUAGAAAUAUGAAAUAUUUCACAGGAGUGAAACUACCUGCAGAGAUCGAUCUGAAUCUUGGAUUUGAUGCCGCUGUAGCUGUUUUGGGAUUGAAGGCGAAUGUUAGUGAAGCGGAUCAUCCACUUCUUUGUGAAGGAACUCGCAGACAGAGAGGAGAUUUGGCUAUUACUUUGCUCGUACAUUACAAAGAUGAUCCUGUAAAAUUAGCCAGAAUAAUGGAUAAAUUGCUGGAUCGAGAUGUUCAUCAACUUAUCAAGUCACCUAUUCUCAGCAGUUAUUACACUUCAAAUCCUCCUACAAAGAGUGAAAUGGCCCGAUUUGUUCACGAUGAAGAACGUUCGUCUCCUUUAGCUGGAACUGAUAAUGGCGGUGAAAAUAUCAUUGGCGCAAACAGCAGACCUCAUAGUAGUACAAGCGCAGAACUAGAAAGUGGUAUAAGUGCAUUAAAUAUACAACCACAAAUUGUGCAGCCACCCGUGUCUAUUAGAACUAAAGAAACACGAUAUAAAAGCAAAAGACUCUAUCCGUCUAUUCCGAAUCAACCAUCAGAAGCGAGCGCACACUUCAUGUGCGAAUUAGCGAAGACUGUCUUAUCGAAGGCUGGUGGUACCAGUUCAACUUCGUUAUUCACUCAACCAUCCACUAGUCAAAAUCAUCAUGGUCCUCAUAGAGCACUUCAUAUGUGUGCUUUCCAACUUGGCUUAUAUGCCCUUGGUCUCCAUAACUGCGUUAGCCCGAAUUGGCUGAGUCGUACAUAUUCAAGUCACGUGUCCUGGAUAACCGGCCAAGCAAUGGAGAUCGGAGCUCCAGCAAUUUGGUUCCUCAUUGACAGUUGGGAAGGACAUUUGACACCGCCGGAAGCUGUUAGUAUAGCUGAUAAAUCUUCGAGAGGCAGCGAUCCGAAUAUGGUUAGAGCAGCAGCGGAACUUGCUUUAUCUUGUCUACCGCAUGCACAUGCGCUUAACCCUAAUGAAAUUCAGAGAGCUAUAUCUCAGUGUAAAGAACAGAGCGAAGCCAUGUUGGAGAAAGCUUGUGUCACAGUGGAGCACACUGCAAAAGGAGGUGGAGUUUAUCCAGAAGUGCUUUUCCAAGUGGCAAAAUAUUGGUACGAGUUAUAUCUUCGGCAAACUCCCGGUGGUGAUCAGCAGGAUGAGAUUCCUCAUGAUCCUUUACAAUUGGACCUUAAUGGGAUAUUGCUGGUUGACCCAGGACCUUCUGUUGAUUUGUCGAAUACUCAAAUGAUGCCCGGACCAGCGCAGACUGUUGUUGUUACCAGCACACAACCACCUCCCCAGCACUAUACUCAUCCAACGAUCACGACUCUGGCGCCUUUAGGAGUUGGCAUGCCGUAUGCCGUAAGCCCGUAUAGCUUUGUACAUCCUCAUCAUUCUAUUGCGACGUUCAGCGGUCCGAUGCCCUCGCACAGAGUUACUCUACCACCUGCACCGCACAUGCAAAUGUAUCAUCCGUUUCCACAUCAUCCUGGACACCCCCAACAUACACCGCACCCACAUCAUCCAUCUCCGGCUGCUCCACCCCCGCCUGGACCAUAUUACACACCGCAACCUCCGCCGACACCGGGAACGCGUCAUUUAUACACGAUGCAACAACCUAUACCGGUCCAAGCAGGAGUAGCGGGUCCUCUUCCUGGACAAAAUAGCUUAUCUGGACCCUCAUUAGUCCAGACUCAAUCUAUAAUAUCGACUGUGAGAGCUCAACCUCAGGUUCAUAGACAAAAUCACACUUUUAAUCAGCAACAAUUACGGACUCUCAUCGCUGCAUACCGUGUAGGUAUGCUAGCGUUAGAUACUUUAGCACGCAGAGUACAUGACGAUCGGCCUCAAGCCAAAUAUGCGCGGAAUCCGCCCUACGGCGAAGAUGUUAAGUUCUUGCUCAGAGUUGCAAAACGGCUUGGUACGCAGUAUAUGCAUCAACUCUGCAUCUGUGCUGUAAAUAGCAUAGUGAGCCCUUUUGUCCUUCAUCACGUUGCUCUGGAAGCAGCUCAGUAUCUCGCUAGGAACAAUCCAGCGCUCAUCGUACAACACUUGAGAUCUGCCUUGGCUCCGCUAGUACACAAAUGCCAACAGAUGUACAUUCAGUGUAUGCAUCAAAAACUAUAUCAUUUAACAGCUGGCGACUAUGAAGAGUUUGCCAGUAUUGUUUGCGCAGCAAGGGCUGCUUUCCAAAUUAAUCCUGAAGGAAAUACUCAAUUUAAAGAGUGGUUACAAUCGAUCAAAAGAUCUCAAUCCUGUAAUAAAGACCUGUGGGCACAGAUCAAUGCGGCAUUACAGCAGACCGGCAAAUGACACAGGACGGAGCCAGGCGUGACGUGGCUCACUUCCCUUCCUCCUCACCCUCAACCAUCCCUGCCGCCUCCACCACCGACAACAACUCUCGUAUUACAGCAUCAACAUCCCUGUCACCCCCAUCCACAGAGCGUCGUAUGCGUUCACGGGCUGGCUACAGUCAAUAAGCUCGCUUGGGAUAAAAUCUCUAUACCAUGCAUUAUUGAGGAACCAGCGGCGCAUCAGCUGCCGCCACCUCCUCAACAUCAGAUAACCGGGCUACCGGGACCAUCUGCAUGGCAAGAACCAAUCGACAGCCGUGGUUCUCAGGGGAUCAAUAACAGAGACGAACGAGAUUUAUCUCAAGUUUAGUUAAUGUAUCUAGAAACGCGUGAGUAGUUGAUAACGAUCAAGAUGAUCAAGAUGAUCAGUUGAAGAAGAUAUAUAUGAGUUAGAUUAGGUUUAAUAUGAAUAAGUGAAAACAGCUUAAUGUAUAAGCUUGUGUGUUAAGUUUUACAUGUAUGCAUUAUUGCUCGCAAGAUAAGAUUUACAUAGAAAUGAUGAAACAUUCAGUGCGCUAUUUUUAUGUAAUAUCUUCUGCAUAAAGUGAUAUGUGUAUAUUACAUUAACGGCCAUGAAUCAAAAUUCAUGUUCAGACUCUGACAAUGAGUCAUAUCGGACGUGCGCGAGCGAGUCAUAAAGUAUAGCAGUUCUUUAUGUUAAGAUAAAUUUAUUCUGAGUAAAUGAAUAAGCUUAUUAUAUCUAGAUUUUGUAUUUUCUUUUCUUAUGGAUAAUUGCAGUAUAUGAUUGCCAUCGCCAAUUUUUACAAAAUUUCAUAUUUUAUACGUUUGAAAACAUUAAAUUUGUUGAAAAAAA